AUGCGCCAAUACAUUCAGCCACAAAAAUAUCCAUCCAUCUAUCUAUCUCAGUCUUCUGUUCAUAUCUAUCUAUCUAUCUAUCUAUCUAUCAUCUAUCUAUCUAUCUAUCUAUCUAUCUAUCUCUCUCUCUCUAUAAAUAUAUAUAUAUAUAUCCUAGUCUGUUCAUAUCUAUUUAUCUAUCCUAGUCUGUUCAUAUCUAUCUAUCUAUCUAUUCAUCUAUCUAUCUAUCUAUCACGUCAGUCUGUUCAUAUCUAUCUCUCUCUCUCUCUCUUCUGUUCAUAUUCUAUCUAUCUAUCUAUCUAUCUAUCUAUCUAUCUCAUCUGUUCAUAUCUAUCUAUCUAUUCAUCUAUCCUAUCUAUCUAUCUAUCUAUCUCAGUCUGUUCAUAUCUAUCUAUGUAUGUAUCUAUCUAUCCAUCUAUCUAUCUAUCUCAUCUGUUCAUAUCUAUCUAUCUAUCAAUCUAUCUAUCUAUCUUCUGUGUUGAAAACUGA